AUGGCAUUUCAAACAGGUUUUGGUUUUUUUGAGACGGCAUUUCAAAUGGGUAUGUUUUGGUUUCUCUCAGACAGCAUUUUAAACGGGUAUGUUGAUUUUUUUGGUCUGGACUUUGAAUGGACUUUUGGACCAGUUUUGGACUUUAUAGAAGGGACUUUGAACUGGUAUGUUAGUUUCUUUGGGGAGUGUUUGGAUUAG